AUGUCUCCUCCAACUACACAGUUCUUGGGCAGCUCGCAAACGGAACAAAAUCAAAGCCAAGACCAAUCAUCAGAGCAAGUUGAGGAGCAUAACCAGGACCAUGAGCAAGGAUCUACUCCCGUUUUGAACCAAAGUCAACCGUCUUCAUCACAACAGCAGCAUCAACAAACGAGAAAUGAGUCGAUUUCAUAUUAUACGAAUUUUAAUCAGCCACGAUAUUCUACGGACGCGUCUAUUAACUCAUUUCUGAACAUAUCCGAUAAUGUACCAGUAAUAGUCGCAGGAGUCCCUACUACCAGUAAUACCUAUUCCAAUAUUCCACGACUUUCUACCUCAAGCACGCAUCAACCGCCAGACUUAUCACAGAUCGGACGCGGCUUUUCUAUAGUAAACAAUCUCUUCCCACAGCAGCAACCGCAACAGCAACUCCAAAAUCAAAAUCGCCAACAGCCACAACAGCAACAGCAACAGACUUCAUUUAAAACGCCUUCAUUUUCGACUGGAUUAACAGGAAGUUCUUCUCAAUACCAGUUUUUGCCAAGGAAUGAUAAUUCUUCUCAACCACCCUCAAAGAGAAAUUCUGUUUAUCUUGGGCCUAAUGAUGGAGCAGAUUUUGAAUUUUUCAGUAUGCAGCAAUCACAACAACCACAAUUUCAGCCUGGCGGUAGAAGAGAAUCAAGCUCAAUGAGACCACCACUCUUGAUACCAACCGCAACUACUAAAAACCAAACAAAUAGCUCGAAUAAUGGCGGUAGUAUGAAUGCAAACGCCGACUAUGAAUCAUUUUUUAGUGGUAAUACCAGCAGUAGUAAUUCUAAUCAGAAUCCGUACUUUUUGAGUUCAAGAAAUAAUUCUUUGAAAUUCAAUCCGGAAGAUUUUGACUUCCAGUUUAAAAGGCGGAAUUCCUCUGUUAGAGGUACUUUGGAUCAUAGUAACCAAAAUUCCUUUAUGCCUGAGCCAAGAUUAAAUUCUCUUUCCGUUGGUAAUAAAGCCAAUAGUGAUAAUGUAGUCGAUAGCAGUAAUGUAACUAGUAACAUAAACAGCGGCAAAAGUAACGAAAUUGAAAGCGAGGAUAACAACAAUGGUGAAGACAAUAAUAGUAACAAUAAUGAUAAUAAUGACAGCAACAUCAAUUCUACAUCCAGUACUAAUAUCCCAAACCAAGAGGAGCAUAAUCUUGUCUCUACAGAUAUUACAAACAAUAGUACGAAAGAUCUAAAGGAAAUAGAACAAAGACUUCGAAAGCAUUUGAAUGAUGAAGAUAGUUACUCGGGUACAAUAUCAAGAACUUUGGGUAAAGAUUCAGAGGUGAUUAAAGGCAGUGAGGGAUCAAAUAAGCAUAUAGACGGGUCUGGGAUACAAACAAAUAUCAACAAGAAAAGGAAAAAAGAUGAUUCUGCUAUUUAUGUGAAGAAUGAGGUGCCUUGUGCUGAUCCUAUUAUAACUAAGAGAAACUCGGCUUCUGAUGAAAGUACAGCAAUAGUCAAUUUUCCUGAUAAAGAAUCUCCGAUGACUGAGAUGGGUUCAGUAAACGAUGAUGCGACUAACCUGAUAGGUGCAACAAAAGUUGAUCAAUUAAUGCUGAUUAUUCAGGCGAGAAAGAAAGGUUUCACAGAGAAGGUAAAUACUACUCAGGAUGGAGACCUACUUUUUAAUCAAACAAUGGACAUACUACCACCAAAAAACGAACUGGUAGGUGGGGUAGAAAAACCAAAAGGGACACAUAAUACACGCGCUGUUAAAAAACACGAAUGCCCUUACUGCCACCGACUUUUCUCACAGGCGACUCAUUUAGAGGUUCACGUUCGCUCUCAUAUUGGGUACAAACCAUUUGUUUGUGAUUAUUGUGGCAAAAGAUUUACUCAAGGUGGGAACCUGAGGACGCAUGAAAGAUUACAUACAGGUGAGAAACCUUAUUCAUGUGAUAUCUGUGAUAAAAAAUUUUCGAGAAAAGGGAACUUAGCGGCCCACUUAGUUACCCAUCAAAAAUUGAAACCAUUUGUUUGCAAGUUAGAGAAUUGCAACAAGACUUUUACUCAACUAGGAAAUAUGAAAGCUCAUCAGAAUAGGUUUCACAAGGAAACAUUGAAUGCUUUGACAGCAAAACUAGCUGAGAUGAACCCAUCAGAUAACAUCCCAUUGGAAGAACGACAACUGUUAGAGUACUUCGCUUCGAUUUACAAAAACUCAAAUAGAGGAAUUAAGGGUAGGGGGAAAGGCGUAGGAACGAAAAAAUCCACAAUUUCCUCUCCAGAAAAUCAUUCUGCGAGCAUUAUUUUGAACUCUAAUACCAAUAGGAAUAAUAAUGUUACUUUUAAUCGCCCUGAGAAUGCUGGUAACCCUGAGGGUAACGUUGAUAACAAUAACAAUAAUAAUAAUAAUAAUAAUUCAGGCUCUCAUAUUAUGAUUUCACCGACUCAAAAGGAUAUGGGAACACUGCAAUCUCAAUUCGGACACAAUAACUUCAACAAUCCUGUGAACAGCUCAAACUCUUCCAAUCAACCAAUCAUAAACUACAAUUACACUACUUUACCUCAUUCUCGUUUAGGCAGUGGCAGUUCUAACAACACUAAUACUAACACCAACAAUUUUACGGUAGGCAGUGCUCCAGGUGCUUUAAUGGCGCCAACCACCAGUAAUGACUUCAGUUUCAACCUGGAUCAAUCGAAUGAUAGUGAGAGAUCUCAGCAAGAACAGGUGAGGUUUAAGAACAUAAAUUACAAGAGCUAG